UUCAGUUAUGCAAAUAAGAUUUCUUGUCAUUUUCUUUAUAUAAACGAAUAAUGAACAUAACUUUAGAUUGGACAGGGAAAAUUAGCCUUGUCAGUCAAAGUUAGUGGAAUUCACUCUGUGUCCCCUAUAAUAUGGCUUUAAGGCUUUAACCUUGUCAACUAAAAACAUGAGUCAGAAUUCAUGAAAGGGCUACCUUUAUUUGUUUGUUCCCAAUUACUCUUCAUCUUACUAACUUCUGCAGCAUUAGACACGAUCACUAGAGAUAAACCCAUUAGAGAUGGUGAUACAAUUGUUUCAGCUGGUGGGGUUUAUGAACUUGGAUUUUUCAGCCCUGGAAAUUCCAAGAAUCGCUAUGUUGGGAUAUGGUACAAGAAGCUAUUACCUACAACUGCCGUCUGGGUUGCCAACAGAAACAUUCCAUUGAAUGACACUUCAGGAAUGUUAACACUUAAACCCAAUGGAACUCUUGUACUUGUCAACAGUUCCAAUGCCUCAAUUUGGUCAUCAAACUCAUCAAGAUCCUUAAAAAAUCCAAAAGCACGGAUUUUGGAUUCUGGGAACCUUGUUGUCAGUGACAGAAAUGACAGAGACGCGGAAAUUAAUCUCGUGUGGCAGAGUUUUGACUAUCCAGGAAAUACUUUAUUACCUGGCAUGAAGCUUGGACGUAACUUGGUCACGGGCAUGGAUUGGUACAUAUCGUCAUGGAAGAGCACUGAUGAUCCUGCUCCUGGUGAAUAUGUAGACUUUCUUGAUUCUCAUGGGUACCCGCAAUUGGUCGUGCUGAAAAAUUCAUCUAUAGUAUAUAACGUAGGGCCAUGGAACGGUAUUGCAUUUAGUGGUAGCCCUAAUUCUAAACCAAAUAUAUAUUAUACUUUCGAGUUUGUUAUUAAUCAGCAGGAAAUUUACUACAAAUACGAGAUUAAGAAUGCGUCCCUGCCCACCAGGGUGGUGAUCGACGCGGAUGGGGUUGUAGAGCACCUAACAUGGAUAGAGCGCAGUCAGAGCUGGUUUCUCUACUUGACAGCACAAUUUGGUAACUGUGAUCGUUUUGCUUUAUGCGGACCUUACGCAAGCUGCAACAUCAAUAACUCACCUCCAUGUGACUGUCUGAGAGGUUUCGAGCCUAGGUAUCCGAAUCAAUGGUAUGCAGCGGACUGGUCUAGUGGUUGUAUAAGGAGAACUUCUUUGGCUUGUAACCAAGAUGAUUUUCUUAAAUUGACGGGUAUUAAGAUGCCGGAUUCUAGACACUCGUGGUAUAAUCAGAGCAUGGACCUUGAAGGAUGCAAAAAACUGUGCUUGGCUGAUUGCAAUUGUACAGCCUACUCAAAUCUUGAUGUUAGAAAUGGUGGAAGUGGAUGCUUACUAUGGUUUGGUGAACUCAUUGAUAUUAGAGAGUUGAGCCACAAUGAGCAAGACCUGUUCGUGAGGGUCGCUGCUUCAGAAUUAGGUAAUGACACUACCCUGUACCAUGUUUUUCAUUUUAUUAUACAAUAUGUUAGGAUUGAGAACCCGGGUAGUGUAGAAUUUAGCCGAACAACGGUAUAAUAACAAUAACAAAGACAAUGAAAGUUGAUAAUAACGGCAAUUAAAGAAUAUAAAGAAGAC